CUACUAUCCAUCUUCUUCCUUCCCAAAACCCCAAUCUCCUACACAAUACCACAUUUACAUCUCUAGAUCGAUCAUCACCGCCAUGGCUCUCUCAAGGGCUGCGUCGGAGUCGGACGUCUCCGUCCACUCAACCUUCGCUUCUCGAUACGUCCGAACUUCUCUUCCUAGGUUCAAAAUGGCGGAAAAUUCGAUCCCGAAGGAGGCAGCGUACCAGAUCAUAAACGAUGAGCUGAUGUUGGAUGGGAACCCUAGGCUGAAUCUGGCAUCGUUCGUGACGACAUGGAUGGAGCCUGAGUGUGAUAAACUCAUGAUGGCCUCCAUCAACAAGAACUACGUCGACAUGGAUGAGUACCCUAUCACCACUGAGCUCCAGAAUCGGUGCGUAAACAUGAUAGCUCAUCUGUUCAAUGCACCAUUGGGAGAUUCAGAGGCAGCAGUUGGAGUGGGAACGGUGGGCUCUUCUGAGGCCAUCAUGUUGGCUGGCUUGGCAUUCAAGAGGAAGUGGCAAAACAAGAGGAGAGCUGAGGGCAAACCCGUUGACAAACCCAACAUUGUCACCGGAGCCAAUGUCCAGGUGUGCUGGGAGAAGUUUGCAAGGUACUUUGAGGUGGAGUUGAAGGAGGUGAAGUUGAGGGAGGGCUACUAUGUAAUGGACCCUGAGAAAGCAGUGGAAAUGGUUGAUGAGAACACAAUCUGCGUUGCUGCUAUCCUCGGCUCCACCCUCAACGGUGAGUUCGAAAAUGUGAAGCUCUUGAAUGAUCUCUUGAUAGAGAAGAACAAGGAAACUGGAUGGGAUACUCCAAUCCAUGUAGACGCAGCAAGUGGUGGGUUUAUUGCUCCAUUUCUUUACCCAGAACUGGAAUGGGAUUUCCGUUUGCCCCUUGUGAAGAGCAUCAACGUUAGCGGACACAAGUACGGACUUGUGUACGCAGGGAUUGGAUGGGUCAUCUGGAGGAACAAAGAAGAUUUGCCGGAGGAACUCAUCUUCCAUAUCAACUAUCUUGGAGCUGACCAACCUACUUUCACCCUCAACUUCUCAAAAGGCUCCAGCCAAGUUAUUGCUCAAUAUUAUCAACUGAUUCGCUUGGGUUUUGAGGGAUACAAGAAUGUCAUGGAAAAUUGUCGUGAAAACAUGAUAGUACUAAAAGAAGGAUUGGAGAAGACAAGUCGCUUCAACAUAGUCUCCAAAGACGAAGGUGUACCCUUGGUGGCCUUCUCUUUGAAGGAUAACCAUCGCCACGACGAGUUUGAAAUCUCCGACUUGCUUCGCCGCUUCGGAUGGAUAAUUCCGGCAUACACCAUGCCCCCGGACGCACAACACAUCACCGUGCUACGUGUCGUCAUUAGGGAAGACUUCUCUCGCACUUUGGCGGAGCGGCUCGUGAAUGACAUCAAAAAAGUGUUGAGUGAACUUGACAGGCUUCCAUCUAAGCUUAGCUCCAAUGUGAAGGCUGCUGAUGAAGAUGGUGAGAAACCUGGGACGACACUUGAGAGUAAGAAGAGUGAUUUGGAGAAAACAAGGGAGAUCACGACAAUUUGGAGGAAGUUUGUUAUGGCCAGGAAGCAGAAGAUGAAUGUUGUUUGUUAGAAAGGUCUCCCUUUUGCUACUCUUAAUGAAUUAUUGACCUAUCUUCUAAGAUUAUGUGUGUUAUGGCCAGGUUAGGGUUAUUUCUGUACUUGUACUAUUGUCCUUACAAUUCGGGUGGGAGUGAGCGUCCAUUUUGUUUGGUGUGUGACAAUUUCUUUUGCUCAAGUAGUUGAUGCCGGCUGCUGAGCAUUUUACCCCUUUUUACUUUGUAAAAGUUCAAAAGGGGCUCCUGAGUAUGUAUGCUGAUGACAAGACUUAAUUAAA